CUUUCCUUGUCAAUUUGAACUUGAAUCUGACUUAUAAUUAUCAUGUUUGCAUCGGUUUUGAACUCGUGGAUAGAAUACAUACUUGGAUUUUCUUUCACUUAUUCACCACUCUUGUUAAUCCAAGUAGCUGCUUCUGUUAUUGGAGUAGUUUCCCCACCCUUAACAAAAAAUUCUUUCAAGCCAUGUUAUUUGUGAGAGCAUGUGAGGCCUAUUUCAGGAUUGAGCUUGGUAGAACGUGUUAGGAUUGCAUGUACAUUGCAUAUUUGGUUGUUUUCAGGUACUUUGGAUGCUUUUGGAGUUCAAACAGAGGAGAAACAGAACAGAAAUUCAGAACACUCAAUCACGCCUUCAGCCAAAGCACUCGAUCGCAACCUCGGAGCCCUGACAGAGCAAAACCACUCGAUCGCAACCCCAAAAACUGUCAUGAAGGGCAAACCACUCGAUCACAACCCCGGAGCAAUUUCAGAAGAAACCACUCGAUCGCAAGAUCGAGCAGAAGCUGUCAUGGAGGACAUAUCACUCGAUCACAACCCCGGAGAAGCCAGCAGCUUAGUUUCACUCGAUCGCAAGCCCGGAGGGAUCACCCACUCUACACCACUCGAUCACCACCUUGUCAUCAGAAGCCCAUCUACUCAUUCAUCACUCAACCAGACAAGCUGAGCAUACGGAAGAGAAGAGAAGCUGAAGACACCACUCGAUCACCACCUCACGUCAUCUACUCGAUCGCACCACUUGAUCGCGGGGUCGCUAGACCAUUCCAUCUCGUCUUCACUACAGACCACUCGAUCGCAAGACGGAGUUCCCGAAGCCCAGUUUGAUCAGUUUCACUCGAUCACAGGGAAGCCCAUCAGAUGCUCGAUCGCAGAGUCUCGAUGUG